AUGCCGGUUGAGGAGUGCAGUGGCAUUCAGCCGACGUAUGGGGUACCUCGCAAUAUUGAGAACCCUCAUCCCACGGAGCUUACGGAGGACAGCUCCAGUGACGAUACGUUAUCUAUCAGGGAGAUCCCCGGUGACGAGGAACUAGGCAUUGACCAGACGGAAAAGAAAGAUCUUUCCAGAACACCUACUAAUGUGAGCCAUGUUGGUGCAUUCGCUGCUAAGACACUUUCCCUCGUCCGCACUAGAGAGUCGGGGAAGGAUAUCGGGCCACCCCCAGACGGUGGAUUCCUGGCUUGGUCCCAGGUGGCAUUGGCUCAUUUCGUCAUUUUCAACACCUGGGGAUACAUCAACAGCUUUGGUGUAUUCCAAACUUACUAUACAGAAGCUUUGGGGCGGUCUCCAUCCGAUAUCUCUUGGGUAGGAAGUAUUCAAAUCUUCUUGCUCUUUUUCAUCGGUACCUUCUCUGGCCGGGCAACAGAUGCUGGAUACUUUAGGCUUACUCUGACACUUGGAGCGCUGCUGGAGUUGUUUAGCAUCUUCAUGGCCUCCUUGUGUACCCAAUACUGGCAGCUGUUCCUUGCGCAGGGUGUUGGACAGGGUAUUGGGUGUGGACUCAUGUUUUGUCCUACCAUUGCACUCAUGCCGACUUACUUCACAAAGAAUCGCGCUAUCGCUAUCGGCAUUGUGGCGUCUGGAUCCGCGACCGGAGGAUUGGUCUUUCCCGCUGUUGUGAUGCGCUUGCUCCCCCGGGUUGGCUACGGAUGGACAAUGCGCACGCUGGGUCUCAUUUCGUUGGUUACGCUGCUACCCGCCUUGAUCUUCCUGAAACAGCGUCUGCCUCCGCGACGCAGUGGACCUCUCGUAGAAUGGGGUGCGUUCAAGGAGGCAUCGUAUUCGUUCUUUGCCAUUGGCAUGUUCCUCAACUUCUGGGGUCUUUAUAUUGGCUUCUUUUAUAUCGGAAGCUUCAGCCGUGAUAUCAUCGGCGUGUCUACCUCUACCUCUAUCGACGUUCUUCUGCUCAUGAACGGCGUUGGCAUACUUGGCCGACUGGUCCCGAAUCUCAUGGCUGACCGGUUUACUGGCCCGCUGAACAUGUUAAUCCCAUUCAGCUUGGCAACUGGACUGGUUGCGUUCUGCUGGGCGGGGGUGCAUAAUCUGAACGGCGUGUACGCCUUUAGCGUAUUUUACGGUCUCUCGGCCGCCGGUAUCCAGUCUCUCUUCCCAGCGACUCUGAGCACGCUCACCACUGACCUCAAGAAGACGGGAGUGCGGAUGGGCAUGGUGCUCAGUGUGGUGGGGGUUGCAGCGUUGAUUGGAUCUCCAAUUGCAGGUGCAUUGGUUCAAAAGGAUAAUGGGGAUUACCUGUAUGCUCAGAUGUUCAUGGGCACUGUGAUUGUCGCUGGCACUUUGACCCUGGUUGCAGCGAGGAUUGCCAAACUCGGACUUUCAUGGGAACGCGCAUAG